GGACGGGGGAAGGGUCCUUUCUACAAUAGGAGUCUACCACCAGCGCCUCUGACCUGCGCUGUUCUCCCUGCGGAGGCCCGGGGUAGUACCGGGUCCCAGCUCUACGCGCGAUCGGUCUGUUCGUUCUGAGUAGUAGAUGUGAAAAUCGGCGAUUUCUGGUUGUGCUUCCAAAUCUAUGCUCUUACAGUGUUUUUCCGUCCUGCUCAGGAGAAAGUGAAUUGAAUGCUGUGCCCUCCAGAUCUCCAGUCCAUGCGGAAUAGCACCAAGAAAAUAUCCACCUUUGCUUUUGUGAUGACCCACCCUUAAGGGGAAGGGUCUCUGCAGCUGUUUAAUAUAAAUCUAGUUAUUUCAGGUGAUUCAGAAUUAAUUCUCAUGUCAUCAGAGAGCUCAACUGUCACAGUUCGUCUUGUUCGCUCUUUUGAGCACCGGAAUUUCAGACCUGUGGUGUACCAUGGGGUUGCCUUGGAUCAGACAGUGAAGGAGUUCAUUACUUUCGUGAGGAAGGAUGUGUCUUCAAGAACAGGACUUCCUCCUCCCUUUAAAAAUUACAAGUAUGAUACAAUGAAGAUUAUUCACCAAGCACACAAAUCUAAGACUGGUGAACUUGUAGUGAGUUUGGAAGAUGAUGACAAACUGAUUCUGAAAGAAGACAGUACACUGAAAGCAGCUGGAGUAGCAAAUGAGACGGAAUUAGCAUUCUUCUGUGGGGAAGAUUACAGGAACUACAGAGCUAAUCCUGUUUCAGCCUGGUGAAGAUCCCAAGAGAUUGUUUUGUUUUCCCAUACCUGUUGUAAAUUUCCCUUAUUCUGCUUAAUGAGAUUUUUCUUAAAGAUCAAUAAAUCCUAGAGGAUUGCUUUGCAA